AUGCAUCUUCCCAUCCUCCUCCUCCUCAGCGCCUCUCUCGCUUCAGCGCAAUUCGGCAACCAAUUCAUCCCAAGCCCAGCGGGAUUGAAAUACCCCAAACCCAUCAACAGACACCCACACUACGUCCAGAACACAAACAAAGAAAUCGACAACUACGACAACUACGACUACGACGACUACGACUAUGAUAACAUCCCAAGCCUUCCCACCCCAACCCCAUCCCCAUCCCCAACCCCUCGAAUCCAUAGCACAUUCCUAGUGCGCCCUUCGCAAACACCCACUGUCCACGCCCCAGCCCACGGAUAUGGACAUGCCUACAACCACCCAAGCUCGGGUUCAGACGCCGAGUCCCGAGACAAUGCACCCUCCUUCCGUGGCGCCGACGACAACGACAACGAUGUCUCGCCCGGCGCAUCAGGCGGCGUGGCUCCGAUUAACCCGCUAGCACCUGGUUCCCAGGUCGCGCCUGCUCCGCUCUUCGUCAACGCGAAUUAUGGGAAGGAUGAGGGCAAUGCGUUCUGUUCUGGGCGGUGCUUUGAGGAUGAGGGGGAUGCGCAGUGUGCGAAGCCUUAUGCUUUAGCUAUCUAUAAGCCGGCUAAGGGGUGCUACAUGUGCUGUAUUACUUCCGAUUUCUAG